AUGACAACGGAAUCAGAAAUCGAUUUUGCUACUCUGUUUGCUAAUUCUGCGACCAUAAAUUAUGACAAUAGUAACAAGGUCGCCGCAAAACCUCCCCAAACCUCCAGUGCCGAUGGAUUCGUAUCAAGUAAUGGAUUUCAACCUCCCACUCCACUUUCUAAUGAGAAUUCCACCUCCACAGAAACACCCACUAGACCUCAAUCCUCAGCAUUCUCUUCUCCCCUGUUUGAAUCCUCGUUAAACAACGCAUCUGAACCAAAUCUAUUCCGAUCUGACCUUGGUGCAUCAUUCACUUCAACACAUACAUCAAGUAAUAAUGGCUCUUCUUCUCGUCCUGCUUUUUCUUUCGCUCCUAACCCUGCUACCCCAUCUGGCUCACUGUUCGGGAAUACCUCCGUGCAUUCUCCGACAACGCCAAAUGCAAAGUCAAGACCAUUAUUUGGAUUCGCUUCAUCGAGCAACAAUCCGUCUUUCGGAAACAAGAGCUAUGUCCCAUCAACUUCUACAUCAAGACUCAAGAAACGAGUCCAAACUUCCACUCAAGUACCAGCUUUUGAUUUUCUUUCAACAGCUGCAAAUAAUUCGACCACUCUUUCAGUACCUCCUGCUGAACCAUCCCAAGAAUCUUCUUUCAACAAUCUCAGGUCAUCUACCGACAAAGGAACAAGCACACCCCAUGCACCUCGCACAUCUCACAUCAAAAUCGAUUCUCCCAAACCAGCACCCUCAAGUCCACCAACACCCAUCACUACCACAUCCUCCGAAAAUCUCAUUCUCACCCUUAAUCACGAUUCAAAUCUCAAAUCCGAGGACCUACGCCCACAGUAUCAAACCCUCCAAUUCUACCGAAAAUGGACUUCUCAUUUGAUAUCUCACCUCACUGGUAUUCCCAUAAUCCGCACUACACCCCCUCUUUCCCAUCGACCCGACCAUCCUAACGAACUCAUCCCCACUCAUCAUCUUAAUCAACUUCCCGAAAACGAGCUUGCCACCGCCAAAUCAGAGCUCGAGGCUCUAGUUAAACAUCUACUCACCCUCUCUCUUCCCUGCACCCCUCAAAUCAGAAAUACCAGUACCGAUAUCCUCCUAUACCGCCUGCACACUGCAACAUCAAAAUCUACCUAUUCUCGCUCUUACGGAUUUCGUUGCUCAGGCUGGACAGAUAGUCUCUACGCUUCCGGCGUAACAAGCGAAAGACAAAAGAACGGCCAAGCAUUCCAAGCCCAUUGUAAUGCCACCUCCAAUCCCAGUCCCUACAUCUCUGUAUCCACAUCCAUUGCACGACUUAUGAAAUUGCCCGCAUGGAAGAAAGAGGAAGAAGCGGAUAUCCGUAUAUUUGUUAUCUCACUGAACCGACUUGGACAAUUGGGCAUCAAAGCGCAAAGUACAGAGCUAUAUUUUAAUGAGUUUGUAAAUUCCCCAGGAGGGAAGAUUUCUAAGAAGAAUGGGGACAAGAAUCAUCUAUAUGUAGAUGGAGUGAGUUUUGUGACAGAUACUCAUUGGGUGGUAGAGGAAUGGAUACCGGAUCAGGCAAUUGUCAGUGAGAUGAAUUGUGAGGAGUUUUUUAAUAUAGCCGACAGAGAGGGGAUCAGUUGGGAGGAUGCCAGGAAUUACUCAUUGAAAGCAUUCAAAGCAGAAUUAGAGCCACGGAAAAUUGACUUGGAGAAGUGGCCUAAGAGAUACCCGGGCGGGAGGAACUAG